AUAAGUAGUUCUAGCGUUUAUUUUCUUGAUAAAACAAGUGUUAUGUGGAGUGGCCUGGACUUGGAAUGCAGAAUGGACUACAUACUGAAACCAACUAGUGAUUUGCUAUUAAAUUCUCUAUAUAGCCUAGUCAGUCAUCAGUGUCCUUGACUUGUGUUUAACCAUUGACAUAAAUGUAUUAUUUUAAAUACCAAGGCAGUGAUAGAUCAAGGAAGCCGCUUAAUAAUAUAAUGAAAAUACUGCUGCUGUGCUGCAACAUGGUAGGCCUAUGCAAAAAUACUGCGCAAGUUGGAUAUUCACGAAACACCCAACGCAAGUCACACGUGGUCACGUGAUAUCCUGGCCGUCAUAUGACAACAAGAAAGACAAGAAGAUGACAGCCACAGCAAGGCUGUUUACAGUUCUGGCUGUAUUUUUUGUGUUUUCUUUUGAACAUUUUUUAUGUCGAGCCACUGAAUCAGAGAUCUGUCUGAUGUGUAAUGGUACCGUGGUGAAUGGUAGCGCUGUUUGGAAUUUCUGCACGUCAACAUCAGGGGAAAUCGACGGGCGAUGUUGUGUGCAAAAGGACAAUAGUAGCGGCAUCGACCUCAUCAUUGGGCUAGAUGUGUCACACUGUGGUCUAAGCACUGUGGGAGAUCUCAGUGAGGCUAUCACUGCAGUGAUGAUCGAUAUGUCCUUCAACCCCAUUUCAAAUCUGAGUGAUCUGGUGUUCCAAGGCUUCAGUCAGCUGUCUUAUGUUAUACUUCCCUCGAACCUGACGUGUCCUGGUGGCAAUACAUCCUGGGUAAAGACAGAGGUCAAAGGUGAUGUUCGCCGAUGUGAGGGCCAAAGAAACGCCUGCAAUCAGACUGGACAGAUAUCCUGGGAUUGUCCACAGAACUCCCUAUGUGUUCCUUAUGGACCAGGGUUCUUUGCAUGUGACUGUGAUGAGCACUUCCAUGGAUACAAGUGCCUGAGAGAGGGUGAAUUUCCAACAGCGAAGGUGUUUGGGAGCCUUGGAGGGUGCACUGUCCUAGCAUCUGCGCUGUUAUGGGUGACACAGAGAAGGAAGGCCAAGGCUGUGUGAUCUACAUCCAAGAUCUUAUCAGGACAGGAGUGCCACGUAUGAUUUAUUCAGAUCAUGGUGAUAUGGCAACCACUCAGACACCUUUUUGAAGGGGAACUGACUGUUUUUAAGCUGACGUUUACAGGAAUUAUUCUUUGCAACCAUGAGUUAGUUUCAAUAUUGACCAGGCAGCUAUUUGUUUUCCAAACAAAACAUGUAUUUUUGCUACUGAUUGGAGCAGAAUGUGCACAUCCAAAAAGGGAAAGUGUUAAUGUUUCUAAUGCUAAGUUUCUGCUGACAUAUCGUAGGGCAUCGAUUAAGGUUUUAAAUAUUUUUGCUUUAAAUACUUAAUUUUAAAUAUGAAUUAUCUGAGACUGACUGACAUUAUAAAAGGGAUGUUUACAUGAUUGAGGCCAUACUGUAAAUGAUUUUAGUGAAACUGUAAUUUUAGUGCAUCCGUAACCUUACCGAAAGAGUGCCAAGUCGUGUGCUGCUGACAUUUGAUGAAUGUAUUGCAACACAUAUCACUGACCCUUCACUAUCAACAGUAUGUGCUGCAAAAGCUAUGCAAUAAAUCAGCUCAUGCCCAUGUUGUUAUGCUGUGGUGCACAAGACUAUUUCUCCAGGAGAAAAAAAACACAAUAUUUCUAAAGGCAUUUUCUGUAAUGUACUACAAUUUUGUACUGCUGUACUCAAUGUUAUUUCAUUUUAACUGAG